UCCAAUGGCGGAUGACAGAGUUACAGUCACGUGAUUGGAGGUGGCUCGACCAAUCGGCGCGCUCGAGCGGCACCAGCUGAGCGCCGUGUUGACGUUUGGCCGAAAAGUGGCCGAUUUUCGCCCGCGUGACAGCCGAAUCUCAGCCUCACGAUGAGUUUUUUCGGCUUCGGCCAAGGCGCCGAGGUGGAAAUCGUGCUGGACAAUGUGGACAACCGUCGGACGGCGGACGUGAAAGGCGAGGACGGCAAGAAGGAGAAGCACUUUUUGUUUUACGACGGUGAAACCGUGGCAGGAAAGGUGAACAUUGCCCUGAAAAAGGCUGGCGGCCGAUUAGAGCACCAAGGGAUCAAGAUUGAGUUUGUGGGGCAAAUCGAGUUAUACUACGACCGGGGUAACCACCACGAGUUCACUUCACUGCUUAAGGAGUUGGCGCCACCCGGAGAAUUGUCCCACAGCAUCACAUUUCCCUUUGAGUUCCUCAAUGUUGAGAAACCGUAUGAGUCGUACUCCGGCUCCAACGUCCGACUGCGAUACUUCCUCAGAGUGACCAUCGUCCGGUGGUUGUCGGACGUGGUCAAGGAGCUCGAGCUGGUUGUCCACACGCUCAGCUCGUACCCUGAGCUCAACAACAGCAUCAAGAUGGAGGUCGGAAUCGAGGACUGUCUACACAUUGAAUUUGAAUAUAACAAGUCGAGGUACCAUUUGAAAGAUGUGAUUGUUGGGAAAAUCUACUUUUUGUUAGUCCGGAUAAAAAUCAAACACAUGGAGAUCGCAAUCAUCAAGAGGGAAACCACUGGAUCAGGACCAAACACGUUCACGGAAAACGAGACCAUCGCCAAGUACGAAAUCAUGGACGGAGCGCCCGUUCGAGGCGAGAGCAUUCCAAUCAGGGUGUUCCUGGCCGGUUACGACCUGGCGCCGUCCAUGAAGGACAUCAACAAGAAGUUCUCAGUGCGCUAUUACCUGAACCUGGUGCUGAUGGACGAGGAGGACCGGCGCUACUUCAAGCAGCAGGAAAUCACCCUGUGGCGCAAGGGCGAGACUUCGCGCCGCACUGUUCACCACUCCGGCUCGGGGACCACCAGCCCCCUGGCCGGCGCCCCCUCCGUCAAUCCGACGAUCCUCGAACCCUCUGCAACUGCCAGGACCAGAUCCCCAGAGCCGGAGGUCAACGCAGGGUCUCCGGACGAGGACGACCGAGAAUUUGAAACCAGCCCCCUUCCAAUGCCCCCGGCCACGCCCCCUCUUGAGACCCCCGCAACCGAGGAAGCCCCUCCACCGCCCCCAGACAAGUAGCACAUUGAGCGACCUAUUGAUUGACGCCCCCCUCUGUAAAUAGCAUUUAUCUCUCUCUCACUGAUGAUGAUGAAAGUUGCAAAAUAUGAUUCCGAAUCGGAGGUUUCCUUUUUGCGAAAUGGGCCUUUUCGGCAGAUCUGGCUUUUUCUCUCUCGGGGGCUCGCAAUUCCAGAUCUUUCCACAUUGGCACUGAAUCAAAAUAUUUUUGUAUCUGUUUUGUUGAAAUUUAUAUUGCAAUGCGUUAGUUUAUUGAGUGUUCUUUAGUUUGAUUGUCUGAGCUCAUUUUAUUACCUCAUUUCUGAACUAAAAAUUAUAUUAUACGAGAAGUCAAAGUAAAUAGCGUAAAUGUGUUUAGAAAAAUUGAUUAAAAUAUAUUCAAUAAGUUGUUAGAAAGGUUUGGAAGCUUUUGGAAUCUAAAAUUACAAUCUUUAACUUCUCUACAAACGUUUUUUCCUGUGGGGAAAAAAAUUCCAAGCCUUUUUUGUGAUUUUUCUAACCAUUCUUGCUUUUUUCUUGUUUGUUUGAUUUCAAAAUAUUUUGAAAUGCGAAUUGCGACUGGAAUUUGUUAAACUUAUAUCUAUUUUAUACUCUAAUAUUUCCAUCAGUCGGCAGGCCACUUGCUCAUAUCUGAAAGCACCCAGCUGCCGAAAAGCGGGCCCACUUCCAAAAUCGAAAGCGGUGAUCUUUUCCGAUGGGCUGCUGAAAUUAUUAUUACAUGAAAUAAUUACGUUACUGAGAAAAUAUUGAUUAUAAUUAAUGAGUAAAUCAGUUAAGGAGAAUAUGUUGAAAACAAUAAAGCAGAGAAGCCUUUCUCUCUACGCCAUUGGAAAUUUUGAGCGU